GGUAGUCCCUCAGCUCCUGCCUGCCUCCUAGGCUUCCUUGCAGGAUCUCUCAGCUGUUGGGAGUGUGCUUCUUGGGCGUUGGGUCGAUCGCGCGAGUUGCCAAAACUUAUUCUGCGAUCAAGCUCAAGACCAAAGAGCAAACACAUACAAAGACAGAGAUGCCGCCAAUGCCACAAUCAGCCAUGCAGGGCUCAGGUCCGACUGCGUUUGACAAGAUGAAGAUGGGUGCCGUGAUGGGAACGAGUGUCGGCUGCUGCGUGGGUAUCCUCUUUGGUGGCUUCAAUGCACUGCGCUAUGGACCAGGGCCUGACGGAUUCCUACGCUAUAUCGGUAAGAACAUGGCGGCGAGCGCGGCGAUGUUUGGCUUCUUCAUGAGCAUUGGCAGUGUCAUUCGGACAGAGGAGCAGCAGAGUUUGGAGGAAGCAAAGAGACGUGUAAAUGUCUGGAGGAACAGGCGGCUCGUCUUUGAGAGCGAGAUGCGUGCCUGAACAGUGCCGCUGUUUUAUGACUGUCUCUUUUCUGCCUCUCCCCGCACUUUCUGACGUAGAAUCAACAUCCAACGACAUAUAUACUUCCCUUGUCCUUGUCCCGGUCUUUGUUUCUCUAGAUACGAUAGCUAC